UCGGCCGCGGGGAGGGGGAUGCGGACGGGGGAAGAUGGCGGCCUCGAACAACCCGCGGAAAUUCAGCGAGAAGAUCGCGCUGCACAACCAGAAGCAGGCGGAGGAGACGGCGGCCUUCGAGGAGGUCAUGAAGGACCUGAGCCUGACCCGCGCGCACCGGCUACAGCUGCAGAAAACCCAAUAUUUGCAACUGGGGCAGAGUCGUGGCCAGUACUAUGGGGGGUCAUUGCCAAAUGUGAAUCAGAUUGGGAACAGUGCCAUGGAUCUCCCCUUCCAGCACAACGGAGCUCUGGCUGAAGCCUUUGGAGCAGUUCCUGUCUCUUUGACCCCGUUCCAGUCGUCGGCGCUGGACACGAGCAGGACCACGCGGCACCACGGGCUGGUGGACAGAGUGUACCGGGACCGGAACCGCCUGGGCUCGCCCCACCGCCGCCCGCUCUCCGUGGACAAGCACGGCCGCCAGGUGGACAGCUGUCCCUAUGGCACCGUGUACCUGUCCCCGCCGUCGGACACCAGCUGGAGGAGGACAAAUUCUGAUUCUGCCUUGCACCAGAGCACCAUGACUCCAGCUCAGCAGGAAUCCUUUUCAGGAGGGUCACAGGACAUGCAGCAGAAAAGAGUUUUAUUGCUGACUGUCCCUGGAAUGGAAGAACCCACCUCUGAUGCAGACAAAACCCUCUCUAAGCAAGGCUGGGACACUAAAAAGACUGGGUCAUCGAGACCUAAAUCCUGUGAAGUUCCAGGAAUCAACAUCUUCCCCUCGGCCGAGCAGGAGAACACUACAGCCCUGAUCCCUGGCACGCACAACACGGGCGGCUCGCUGCCAGACCUGACCAACAUCCACUUCCCCUCGCCCCUGCCCACGCCCCUGGACCCCGAGGAGUCCUCCUUCCCUGCCCUGAGCAGCUCCAGCAGCACGGGCAACCUGGCUGCCAACCUGACCCACCUGGGCAUCAGCACUGCCAGCCAGGCAGGAAUGACGACGACCCCGGCCCCGUCCCAGCACCGCCAGCCCAGCGUCAGCCCCCUGUCCCUGGGCACGGACUCACGGCGACCUCAGUCCCAGCAAAUGUCCCCCACGCUGUCCCCACUGUCACCCAUCACUCAGGCCGUGGCCAUGGACGCACUGUCCCUGGAGCAGCAGCUCCCCCCGUACCCCUUUUUCACCCAGACCAGCUCCCAGCAGCAGCAGCAGCCGGCAGUGGCCAGCUCCCUGCCCCAGACCCCCCCUCUGCUGCAGAGCUCGGGGCUGCAGAGGGGCCCCCAGCUGCCCCCCCUGUCUGUCACGGUACCCUCCAGCAUCCCCCAGUCGCCCCCGGGCAGCCAGAGCCAGCCCUCCGUGGGCAUCGACAUCAACUCGGCCUCACUCCAGCAGUACCGCAGUAAUGCUGGCUCCCCAGCCAACCAGUCUCCCACCUCUCCUGUCUCCAAUCAAGGCUUCUCUCCUGGCAGCUCCCCUCAACAUUCUUCCAUGCUGGGCAGUGUUUUUGGGGACUCCUAUUAUGAGCAGCAGAUGACAGCUAGGCAGGCUAAUGCCCUCUCCCACCAGCUGGAGCAGUUCAACAUGAUCGAGAACGCCAUCAGCUCCAACAGCCUGUACAGCCCCUGCUCCACCCUCAACUACUCGCAGGCUGCCAUGAUGGGACUGACGGGCAGCCACGGCAGCCUGCAGGACUCGCAGCAGCUCAACUACUCCAGCCACAGCAACAUCCCCAACAUCAUCCUGACAGUGACAGGAGAAUCCCCCCCCAGCUUAUCAAAAGAACUGACCAGCUCCUUGGCAGGAGUGGGGGACGUCAGCUUCGACACGGAUUCCCAGUUCCCUCUGGAUGAACUCAAAAUUGACCCUUUGACCCUGGAUGGACUUCACAUGCUCAACGACCCCGACAUGGUCCUCACCGACCCCGCCACAGAGGACACGUUCCGCAUGGACCGGCUGUGAC